AUGGCUGUCCAUACCUUCAGUGAUUCUGACCACUCGGAAUCAGAGCCUGAACCCAUGGAGGUCACUGAGGCACUCUUCGGGCAGGUCUUCCAGCAUUAUGGCCUUCCGGGGGACAUAGUUUCCGACAGUGCCCCUAAAUUCACAUCAUGCGUAUGGAAGUCCUUUAUCGAGAAGCUCCGGGUAACGGUCAGCCUCACUUCCGGGUACCGGCCUCAGUCCAAUGGGCAGGUAAAGAGGAUGAACCUGGAGCUGGGGAGGUUCCUGAUGAGUCACUACUGUCAGGACCGGCAGGGAGAGUGCAGAGUGCGCCCAGAACUCGCGACAUCACUCCACCACUGGGUUGACCCCCUUCCAGUGUGUUCAGAAGCUCUUGCGGUGGAUGAGUGGUUCCAGCGAGCAGAAGAGGUGUGGAGCGACGCUCACGUGAGACUCCAGCUGUCAGGCUGUCUAGUCACAGAGGAAGGCUGUGCUUCUCUGGUCUCAGCUCUGAGGUCAAACCCCUCACACCUGAGAGAGCUGGACCUGAGCUACAAUCACCCAGGAGACUCAGGAGUCAGACUGCUCUCUGCUGGACUGGAGGAUCCACACUGCAGACUGGAGAAACUCAAUGUGGAACAUGGUGGAGAGAACAGAAUGAAACCUGGGCUUAGAAAAUAUGUCUGUUAUCUCACGCUGGACCCAAACACAGCACACAGACUCCUCUCUCUGUCUGAGGAGAACAGAAAGGUGACAUGGAGGAGAAAGAAGCAACAGCCGUAUCCUGAUCACCCAGAGAGAUUUAAGGACUGGCAGCAGGUGCUGUGUAGAGAGGGUCUGACUGGGCGCUGUUACUGGGAGGUAGAGUGGAGUGGGAGAGGUGCUGUUAUAGGCGUGACAUAUAAAGGAAUCAGCAGGAGAGGAAGGGGUGAUGAAUGUUGUCUUGGAUGGAAUGACAAGUCCUGGAGUCUGUUCUGCUCUGACAACCGUUACAUUGCCUGUCACAAUAAUAAUUACACUACCAUAGACGUUCCCUCCUCCAGCCCCCACAGAGUAGGAGUGUAUCUGGACUGGCCAGCCGGCACUCUGUCCUUCUAUAGAGCCUCCUCUGACACACUGACCCACCUGUACACAUUCACCUCCACAUUCACUGAACCCCUCUAUCCAGGGUUUUAUGUUUGGUAUGUUGACUCUUCAGUGUCCCUGGAAAUAAUAACCUGACACACGCGCACACACACAGGCACAGACACAGACACAGACACAGACACACACACACACUGGACACAUAUACACACACACAUUGGAUACACAAUCACACAAUGGACACACAAACACACACUGGACACACACACACACACUGGACACACACACACACACUGGACACACACACACACACACACUGGACACACACAAAAACACUGGACACACACACACACACACUGGACACACACAAAAACACUGGACACACACACACUGGACACUGGAAACACACACACACAAACACAAUCUUGUACAGCUAACCUUGUGGGAACAUACAAUUCAGUCCCAUUCAAAAACCUAUAUUCCCUUACCCCUAAACGUAUCCUUACCUUAACGCUAACCCUAAACCUUAGCCCCUAACCCUAAACAUGUGCUUAAUGUACCCCACUGUGGGCCAAGAUGUGACAAAUAAGGAAAUUUGAACCCGUACCUCUCCUCUUUGUCCAUCAAAGGGCCAUGGCUCAACGUGUAGUACACGAGCCUCAUCUGCCAACCCAGGUUUGAUCCCCACCUAGGAUAUGCCCAAGGUGUAAGGUUGGACAUAGUCCAAACUUGAGCUUUUGCCCCAGAGACUAUUCCAGCCUGUGCACCUGGUGAUUGUACGUGUUACCAAGCGAAUAUUUUUUAAAUUAUUUUUUAAUGCCUUUAGGGGGGUUCCAGGAGCACCCCCCAACCGGGAUUGUCCACAAGGAGGUGCCACUUGCCAUUUUAAGCCAUUUUUAAUCACUAAUGUACAGUUGAAAACGGACGUUUACACCUUAGUCAAAUACAUUAAAACUCAGUUUUUCACCAUU